AUGAGUGCCGCUCAACCUCAGUCGGGCCUGGCUCUUGCCGCCCGCUAUGCGGUUCCUUUUGUUUUGUUGUCGAUACCUAUAUGGAUGAAUCGGGUCAAUGCCGUGGUUCCGGAGCCGUAUUUGGAUGAAGCUUUCCAUAUUCCCCAAGCUCAAGCAUAUUGGCAUCACAAAUGGACGCACUGGGACCCGAAAAUCACCACUCCCCCUGGCCUCUAUCUCUGGUCGUACCUUCUUUGCGCUGGUGCGCUUUUGCUUCGAGGCUCUCCGAUAGAGCUCAAUGCGGAAGCACUUCGUUCAACCAAUGUUGCAGCUGCCGCCAUCUUCCUACCCUUGAGACUGCAGACCUUGCUAGAUAGGUUACGGAAAGAACGCAAUACACGGCCAUCCGGCUCAUGGCUAAGCCAUACUGUGCUGAAUAUCUGUCUCUUUCCGCCGUUGUUCUUCUUUUCGGGCCUCUACUAUACCGAUAUCCUUGCCCUGUUGGUUGUAAUUGAGGCGUACAACUGGGACCUUAGAAGGUCGACUCCAAAUGUCUCUCCUGGUCACUCUGUUGUGUUCAUUCUUCUGGGAGUGGCUGCGCUGGCCUUUAGACAGACCAACAUCUUCUGGGUCGCGGUUUUCUUCGGCGGAUUGCAAGUCAUCCGGACAUUGCGGAAAUCUUCCAAGACAUGUCAGUCGUCGAAUGCUGCAGAUAUUGUCAAAGGAGGCUUCAAAAAUGAAUUGUAUGACCCGCAGGUGUCAGAGGCCUCGUUGGCGGAUUAUUUCAAAACCGCCCUUUCCCUCUGUUCUGCUUUGCUUGGUAACUUGGGUCAGGUUGCUAUCUCCUCAAUCCCGUAUGUUCUUAUUCUUGCGGCCUUCGGAGGCUUUGUAUUGUGGAAUAAUGGGGUUGUCUUGGGACAUAAAGAAUACCAUACUGCGGGCUUGCAUCUGCCUCAGAUGUUGUAUAUUUGGCCUUAUAUCUUCUUCUUCUCGUGGCCUAUCCUGAUUCCGCCUGCUGUCAAUACGAUUCUUCCCAAGGCUUCUCUGCCUAGGUUUAUGCACUAUGGCUUUUCGGAAAAGCAGAAGGGUAUCCCAAAGAUUUUGACGAUUCUCGCGAUCGUCCCUGUUAUGCUGGUCACCGUCCACUACAACACUAUCGUUCACCCCUUCACACUCGCCGACAACCGUCAUUAUAUCUUCUACGUCUUUCGCCUUCUCCUCCGGAUUCAUCCGGCUGUCAAAUAUGUCGCGACUAUUGUUUACUUCCUCUGCGGUUGGGCGGUUAUCUCCGCCUUUGGCUUUUCGACUACCACACCGCCGCCUCGAUUCAUUCAAGCUCCACAGCCAGCGCCGGCCUCCCAGCCAUCUGUUCGGAAAGGUCAAAAGGCUCAAAAACAGACCGGCAACAAAAGGCAGCCUUCCAAGAAAGUCACCCAGCCCCCCAAAACAGAGCAGAUCACACCAGAAGCCUUCGCAAAGAUCCAAGAGGCGAUCAAGCAACGCCAACUGCAACAACUGGAUGCACCACGAGUAAGCUUUGUCCUUGUCUGGCUUAUCGCUACGACUCUCUCGCUUAUCACUGCGCCCCUGGUUGAGCCACGAUACUUCAUAAUCCCUUGGGUAAUGUGGCGACUGCAUCUUCCACGCCAACCCCCGCCGCUUGUUUACCGGGAGCAGCGUCCUCGGGAUGCGAAAGAAGCACUCCAUGCAAAGAUCGCAACCAACUUUCCACUAUUCCUGGAAACCUUCUGGUUCCUGGUCAUCAACGUUGUGACCGGAUACAUCUUUCUCUAUAAUGGUUUCGAGUGGCCUCAGGAGCCUGGAAAGAUCCAACGGUUCAUGUGGUGA